AUGUCGACUCACUCCCCUUCGCCUCAUCCUUCCUCAACAGAGCCCUCGUCUCGUCAUGCUAGCACCCCAGUCGAGAAACAACGCUCUCAGCUUGAGCGCUUGCUCAAAGAUCCCUCGAAACCUGCCUAUAUCCCCGCACCCCCAAAGGAGAAAACAAUACGCCCGGCACGGGAGAUGAUGAAGAACGUUCAAGGGUCUAGUGCUGGUGCGGGCAGUGGAGAAUUUCAUGUUUACAAAGCAGGACGACGAAGAGAGUAUGAGCGGUUGAAGGCAAUGGAGGAUCAAGCGAGAAAGGAACAAGAAGAAUCAGAGUUUGAGGCGAGAAAACGCCAACGAGAAGAAGAGGCAGACGCCAAAACUGCGAAGAAUCGCGCAAAACGACAAAAGAAGAAGGAGCGAGCGAAAGGGAAGGGUCCAGAGAAAGACGGAGCAGAGGACGCUGGAGGUAGUGCUAUAGGCCCAGCGCAGGCAACAACUUCGGGUGCCCCGUUGAAAAAGAGGCGGCUGGUGAACGGGAAGGAGUUGGUGUUCAAGCGGCCAGGCGAGGAGAGCGAUGACGAUGAAGAAGUUGGUCCUGAGCCGGUGUCAAAGGCCGAGUUUGGACCUUACGAUAGCGAGAAUGCACUUGCGCCUAUCGCGAUAGAUGUGCCCAGGAUUAUCAUUCAUGAAGAUGGCUGA